CAUGAAGGUUCUGUACAACACAAUCCGGAGACUCUGUUAGACCCAUUGUCAAAAGGGUUUCAAAAUCAAAGUUCAGGUUUAGCGUAUAAUCUCUCAUUUUCUCUUAAAAAGCUUCAAGGGAAUAGCAAUGGCUUUACAAGCUUGCUUGGACAACUACCUGUUGGCACUGAGCUCCUUGGACUCGAGUCAGGUGACCACAGACUUGGUAAAGUCCUCAAAUUCUGAGAACAUACUACAAAGAGGUCAAAUCCACGCUGCAAUAGGUUGUUGCUCAAAUGCAUCAUCUGGAAAAUUUCCAGGAUCUUUAAUCAAGAUUCCAAAUUUGAAUGCGGCUGAAAUAUCCGAGGAUAGGGAAAAAACUAUUUUAAAUAGUAUUACUAACUUAGAAUCGAGUCUUGCAGCAAGUUUUUUAGCUACUGGGUCCAAUUCAGCUGUUCCAAAAGGUCCCCAGUUACAAGGAAGCGCUUCUACUGACACGGAUCAUUUUGAUUUAUCCACAUUCCCCGUCUUGAUGUCACCUAAUUUAAGCAAUUUUGGAUCUUCCACUGCCUGCUACUCGAUAGCAGAGGAAGAUGUCCAUCUAGGCCAAAAUAGGUUACAAGUUCAGAAAAGGAGACGUCAACAAGGAGAUAUACGUACCACAUUUCAGUCUGAAUUGCAAAAGAGUCUAGAUUCACUUCUUGAUGUCAAAAGAGAGGGGCUUUCCUCUUCACCUCAGCUACAUAAGAAAAUCAGAUUAGACAAUCAGAAAAAUUCUAUUCUACAAGAGAAUAUUAUUCAGCAGCCACUGCCAAGUCAGGAUUCAGUGCAGCUGCAAGCUGCACGCCCAACUCUACAUGCAUUAGUCAUACAGAAUAAGUUAGGGAAUCAAAAGCAGCAGGAUACUUUGCAGUCAACUCUUCAAUUGCUGGGAGUUAAUAUGAAGCAGAAGCAGCAGCAGCAGCAGCGACAAAUGAGGGACUACCUGCAAAGUCUGGCCUUGCCACGAGUCCAAUCUAUGCUUUCAUUCAAUGCUAAUGCAUGUUCACGCAGGCUAAUGCAAUACAUGUAUCAUCAGCGGCAACGACCUCCUGACAGUGGUAUUUCUUAUUGGAGAAAAUUUGUUGCAGAGUAUUAUGCUCCUUGUGCUAAGAAACGGUGGUGUUUGUCUUCAUGUGAUAGUUCCAGACUUCAUGCCAUAGGUGUAUUCUCCCAGGGUACAUGGCAUUGUGACUUGUGCAGGACCAAAUCUGGCAGGGGAUUUGAGGCAACUUUUGAAGUACUUCCCAGGCUUAAUAAUAUUCAGUUUGAUAGCGGUGUUAUCAAUGAACUUUCGUUUCUUGAAUGCCCUCUUGAGUUCACACUCCCUUCUGGAUUAAUGGUGUUGGAGUAUGGAAAGGUUGUUCAUGAGACUCUCUAUGACCAUCUUCAUGUUGUUCGUGAGGGUAAACUUCGUAUCAUCUUCGCACAUAAUUUAAAGAUAAUUUGCUGGGAAUUUUGUUCUUGGGACCAUGAAGAACUAAUUCCUCGAAGUUCAAUUCUACCUAAGGUUAAUGAGUUAGUUCAUGCUUCAAAAAACUAUCAAACCAACAUUGAUGAUAUUGGAUCAUAUAGGACACCACUCUGUGAUUUACAAGAAAAUUGCACGAUGUUAUUAUCAGCUGGGCGUGAGCUUGAAAGAGAUUUGGGCUUGCAACUGGUUGGUGAUUUGGGGUUUUCGAAGAGAUAUGUCCGUUGCUUGCAGAUUGCAGACAUAUUCAACUCCAUGAAAGACUUAAUGACUUUCAGCUGGGAUAAUCAAAUUGGACCAAUUGAGAGCUUGAAGAAAUAUACCCAGCAAUUUUCAACAACCGAACUCCACAAAGAUGAAUUGCUAGAAAAAGAGCAGAUCGAGGUCCUUCAAGGUUUGCCAACUAAUCCAAAUAAGUUGUCUGCUUCUCAUGCUCUUGGUGGCAACAGCAAUGAUAACUCGAACAUGAGUAAGGGUGCUCUAUUGAAUAUCUCUGAUGUGUCAUGCCACUAUAUAUAUCCAUCACAAACUCGCAUCAACUCGAAAAUGGGUGAACUGGAGCAGACGUCACUUUUAUACAAAAGGUGUGGAAGAAAUGCAUCUUCCACACCAUCUCAAGGUCCCAAGACUUCGAGUGCAGAAUUCAUCCAGGAGUUUGAGUUUCCUGGUCUCCAUUCCUCUGGGGGUGGCCAGCAUAGACGGGAACAUAAAGUCCAAAAUUUGCUCGAGGAGAUCAUCAUGAGGGCUGAGAAUGAAGCAGUUAACGCUAAGAUAGGUAAUAUUAUAUCUGGCUUGCAAACAGGUGCCAAGGGCAAGAUGCUGCUACGGAUGGGAUGACUUAUGGUCACAACAUGUCGCUGCUCGAUCCUUCAGGAAAUGCGUCAAGUAUUAUUAUGGCAAAUACCUGUGUUCAUGACUCCUAAUACGGAUUCUUCCAAGGUUGGUGACAGUGCUGGUUUCAUCAACUUUUCCACGAAGGCACUAGUUUCCUAAGAUCCUGAAAGUGCUUCAAAUGGAAAUAAGAUUUUUUUAUGUUGUGGCAGCAUGGGCUAUGUGGUUGGGAUGGUUGUAAGUGUUUUUUUUUUUUUUGGUACUUCCUGUUCCAUCCUUCUCGGGGGUGAUUCAAUAUAAAAUACGUACGUAUAGUAGUUUCUUUCGCAAGUGCUUUUGAUAGUAGUUGCAGUUUCGUGAGCAAUUAACUUGAUUAGGAAGAUUAGAUGCUGUGAUGUCAACAUGAACUGUUAGCUACCCCGAAGUCUAAACCUUGCCCUGGAAAUGAAAUAUGGUACCAUACUGUUUUAAUCACAUCCCUGUCUGUUUGCCAUGUUAAGUUUUGUUCAGGUUUGUCAAGAUAAGCAUGGCACCAUGCAUGAAUUACAUGCCGCAGAAAGCCAACGCUGAAUUGCAACUGGCCUCAAUGUUUGUUUACGACCC